UAUAAAACAUUAAAUAGCACCAAAAGAGCAACAUUAUUUAUACAUAAAUAUUAGAUAUUAGAUUUAAAAAUAGGCUAGUAUUGCUAGAAUCAGACACAGUACGUAAAUAACUUGGUUUCGGUGCUACUCUCUAUCUAAAAAUUAACAGUAUAUGGUAUGACACAAAGUUUUACAAUCACAAGUUGAGAUAAUUUCCCUUUGAAAUUCUUCUAAAAUACCUGUAAUUCACUUCAAGUGUUAAAUUGUCUUGUUUUGAUACACAUGCAAGAUGUCGCCCAAACAUGUAAAACUUGCAGAACGCAUUCCUUUGACAUCAUUCCAAAUUAGGGCAUUACAUAUGAAAUAUCAAUCGAAUCAAGUAUUCAUUAUCUCCCUGCACGAUUUAGUUUCUAAAGUAAAGAGGAAAUUGGGCUCGACUGCAGGAUGUGUGCUGCUGCGCACGAAUCACGUUCAGAAAUUCGAUCAUGUGAUGACAAAAGCUCCUCCCUGGCGACGUAUAUUCAUACGCAUACUAUUUAUAUAUGUAGGAUAAUUUGGUCUAAAUAGUUAAUGAAGUAAGACAUAGAUUGUCUGUUUUUCAAAAUAGCCAGGAAUGCAUCUCUGGAAUUUUCUCAUUUCUGGGAAGUCCCUUCUAUGGAAAGAGAAAUUUCAAAAAUCUCCCCCGACCAAUCCCGCAUAUAUCUACGCGGUGAAGACGAUUUUCCGUCGUAUUAGCUUUAUGCACGACCUGUUUUUCCAUUAAAUCCGACUUACCCGUCGAGGUUCUACCUAUGCGCUUAUUAUCCAUAUAAGCUUUUUAUAUCUAUAUAUAUAUAUCUACUCUUUCUAUCUAUGUAUGUAUAUGUGUAUAUUUAACAAGAUAUAUUUUUAUCGAUUCCACGAUGCACCAGCAGAGCCAAAUCUUAUUGUCAUGUACCUGUACCUGCCUAUAUUUUCAAUUUUCCAAUGAAACGAGUAUGUUUUAUUCCAAUUAAAUUACUUUUGUUACCAUCGAUUCUGAACUUUCCAUUUCAUGGAUUCAAGAUUACUACUGGAGAGUAAUAUUCUUUUAAUGUUCAUGUCCCUUGAGCUUGAUAUGCAUGCUAAGUACUUCAUAAUUACAUUAAACUGCCUGUACAGACGAAAUUUCUCACUAAAAAUAAAGUAUAAAUUUGCUUUCAUUACUAAAUGAGCAUACGAGCGCGUACGAGUUCAACAUUUUUGUGGCUUGAAACGUACGAAAAUCUAAUUAAUCAUGACGAAAUGAAAACGCGCUACGCGCCUUUUUCCCAUACUCUUUAAGCUCGAUUCAUUCCGGUGCAAUUCUUAUACGACGUUUUUCGAAGCUGCGUAAGAAAAUUAAUCAACUACCUGUGCGCAGCUCUAGCUUCAAAAACUAUAUCUUCACCUUUCAGUAUCUGAAUUUUUAAUUUCAAUUUUCUAACUUUCAAGCUGUAACAUAUUUUUAUUGUGUUUGAGUAAAAAUCCUUGAAUAAUGGUACGGUAGAACCUUUUUCGAUUCUUCCUCAAUUUAAUUAUUUUUUGAGAAUUUUCUCGAAACGCCACAAGUACAACUAUGUUAUCAAAAGUUCACGACUGCAGUGGAAAAUUUAUAUUUUUGUGUAAAACUUUACUAACCAUUGAUUGUACUUUUAAAAUCUUGAAACAAACCUGAAUUUAUCAGUUUACCAAUCUCAUGUUUGUAAUACCCCUUGAAACUGCUUGAGCUCUUUUUUAAUUUUUUUAAACCAAUUCUUUAAACUAUUUCCCGACCGUUUCUCCUCUUUUAUGGAACGCUUUCACUAUACGUUAUACAUCUUCUAUUUUGGAUUUUGAUGUUUACAAUUUGUCCUUCUGAAUUCCCAGUUUGAUUUACGAAAACAAUUGUUUUUCAGUUUUUCUAUUUGUACAAAACCAUCGAUUGGAUUUCUUGCAUGUAAUGAUUUUCGUUGAUAAGUGAUGUUUCUCAAAAAAUUACUCACCAAUUUGUGUGUAAAACUUUUCACUACUGUUGAUAGUUACAAAUUUAUUACAUGCGACAUGAACGUACACAAACGAUGCGAGGCGAGCGUACCGAAUCUCUGCGGAUGCGAUCACACCGAAAGAAGAGGACGCAUACAACUCAACGUCUCGGCCAGUGGAAACAAGCUCACAGUCGAAAUUAUACAAGGAAGAAAUCUCAUUCCCAUGGAUCCAAAUGGACUCUCGGAUCCUUACGUCAAGUUAAAACUAAUACCGGACGGCGAAAAUAUAAAAAAGAAGACGAAGACAAUCAAAUCGUCGCUGAAUCCCGAGUGGAACGAGACAAUCAUUGUCGAUUUGAAGCCCGACGACAAGGACAGACGACUGCUGCUGGAGGUUUGGGAUUGGGACAGAACAUCGAGAAACGACUUCAUGGGCUCGCUGUCGUUCGGCAUCUCGGAGCUGAUGAAGGCCCCGGCCACGGGCUGGUUCAAGCUGCUCACCCAGGAGGAGGGCGAAUUCUACAAUGUACCCGUGCCCGAGGAGGGCGUCGACUUAGCCGAGCUAAAGUCGAAAAUGCGGGUACGUUCGAAAUCAGCAUCGGUCCAGAAAAAAGUCCCGACGACGCAGGACAAAGAGGUGCCACACAACAUGGGCAAAAGCGAUCUCAUACGAGCAUCGGAUUUCAACUUUUUGCAAGUUCUCGGCAAAGGCAGUUUCGGCAAGGUUUUAUUGGCCGAGAGAAAAGGCACGGACGAGCUCUACGCGAUCAAGAUCCUCAAGAAGGACAUAAUCAUCCAAGACGACGACGUCGAGUGCACUAUGGUGGAGAAGCGAGUACUGGCGCUCUCGAGCAAGCCGCCUUUCCUUGUACGACUUCACUCUUGCUUCCAAACUAUGGAUCGUUUGUACUUCGUGAUGGAGUACGUGAACGGGGGUGACCUUAUGUUCCAAAUUCAACAGUGUGGAAAAUUCAAAGAGCCCGUAGCAGUAUUCUAUUCGUCGGAAAUAGCGAUUGGUCUGUUUUUCUUGCAUUCGCGAGGAAUAGUCUAUCGUGAUCUCAAACUUGACAACGUCCUGCUGGAUCAGGAUGGCCACAUCAAAAUCGCCGACUUUGGCAUGUGCAAGGAGGGCAUAACUGGCGACAAAACCACCAAAACUUUCUGCGGAACUCCGGAUUAUAUCGCGCCGGAGAUUAUCUUAUAUCAACCUUACGGUAAAUCGGUCGAUUGGUGGGCAUACGGCGUAUUAUUAUACGAGAUGCUGGUCGGACAGCCGCCUUUUGAUGGCGAGGACGAGGAAGAGCUUUUUGCUGCCAUUACCGACCAGAAUGUCAGUUAUCCGAAAGCUCUCUCCAAGGAGGCCAAAGAAGCUUGCAAAGGAUUUCUCACGAAAAAUCCAAGUAAACGUUUGGGAUGCGGAUCAAGAGGUGAAGAGGACGUGCGCAGCCAUGCUUUCUUCCGACGAAUUGAUUGGGACAGAAUUGAAAGUCGUGAGGUUCAGCCACCGUUCAAACCCAAAAUUAAACACCGAAGAGAUGUGAGCAACUUCGACAAGCAAUUCACAUCGGAGAAGACAGAUCUUACGCCGACCGACAAGCUUUUCAUGAUGAAUCUCGAUCAGACGGAGUUCAUGGGAUUCUCUUUUCUUAAUCCCGAGUACAUCCAGCACAUAUAAGAUGAGUGCCCUUGACUCAACUCUUGCAAUUCUAUGGAUUUAUUGACCGAUGUUUUUUUUCUCCGUAUUGUAAUAUUCGUUGCUUCAUGGAUAAUACUUUACACGAUUAUGAACACCGAUAGAGUGAGUUCAUCCGUGGAGGCGUUUUAAACUAAACAAAGAUCACCAGACUUUCAGUAUGAUCGUAUCUCUGCGAAGAUUGACAAAUGAUUAAAAACAGAGAUACAAUAUUUUUCUAUAUAUAAUUCUCUUUCUUCGAAUUGUAUUUAUAAGUAAUAACUAUAAGCGACUUUCAAAGAUUCACCUCUUGCAAACUGUUCGUAAAUUAUAAACAUAAUUAUGAUCUAUAGCAAAUAAUGAAAAUGUUUGGUAUAUCGAAAUCUAAUCUAUUAUUCUUUCCGUGGCGCCUAGCGCACUUACGAUUAAAGUAUCAUAAAUUGUUUGCAGCGAUGCUCUUUGAUUGGUGUAAAAACAGAAAAAAAAUCAUUAAAAGUAAACGCGCGGCAUGAAAUAUCGCGUAAGUAUCACUAAUAAUUCAACAUUUAAGAAUUGACACGUAUGCUUUCAUAAACGCAAUGCCAAUAAUUAGUUAAAAUAUGAAUCUAUGCAAAGGAAGGUUAAGGGUUUGAUGCGCAAUAAACUUGCCAUAUGAAAUGUUCUCUUCUGAAAUUGAGUAUAAUGAGAAUAGAUCAUUAGCUAUUUUACAUGCGAUCUAGAAUGAGUGUAAAAAAGUAUAUUGCGAAUUGUUGUUCGUUUCUCGCGUACAUUUACAAACUACAUUAUAAUUAUAGAUGUAAAUGCAUUUACUUCAGUAGAUUCUACUGUCGCCUUCCAAAGUUAAAUUGAAUCGAGUGAAUGGAAAAAUGUAUCAAAUGUGUCUAUUUGAUAAACUAGCUUUAUAUAUUAAGUACAUAAUUAUGUACAUAUGCAAUAGUAUCUGUAAAAAAUAUUUCUAUCGAACAUUUUGUUAUCUUUAUGAAUGUAUCUCGAUGGUUGAACUUCGUAGCUAAUUAUUUCUCGUAAUUAUUUUAGACAAUAAGAAAGUUAACAUACUUGUUUGAACGGACGCUGGUCGCGCUCCUUCAUUUUAAAACAGAAGGGAAAGAUUAAAAAAAAUUUUAUGAAAAA